UAUUUGUAUUCGUUAUUACUUUCAAUUUUUGUUUUUGUCAUAAUUUUACUAAAAUUUUUUUAAAGAACAAGAGUUUAUAAAACUUUACUAAGUAAAAAUAGUUGUAUCGAUUUACUAUUCCGUUAUUGAGUUAAAUAAAUUCCAUUUCUAUGAAAUUCAUAACGAAAAAUUAAUAAAUAUUUGAAAAUUUUCGCGGAUACGACUUGUAAAAAAAGAACGUUUUAAAAUGACUAUUCCUCAACUUGAUCAAUUUGUGUUGACAGUCAGAAACCUAUCAAAUAUGUCUGGAGACAAUAGAGAAAUAAAUGACUACCUUACUAAACAAACGGAUACUCUUCAUAAGUAUGCUGCAAACCUAGAUACAGUUUUAGAAGCUCUAGAUGUACAUGAGAAUUCUUUAACAGUUAUCACUAUACUAGGUGUGAAAACUACAGCUCAAAUACCUGCGGAUAUACCAGCUGUUCAGUAUCAUACUGCUGUAGCAUCGCAAAUUAAUGAUUUUAUUAAUGCUGUUAGUGAGGAAGAACUUAGAGCAAUAUCAGAACAAUUGGCUAAUGUUAUGAAACCAAUGUUAACAAAUCUUGGUGAUGUUAAAAAACCAAUGUCAGCAAUACCUAUUAUUAAAAAUGCAAUUAGUAAACUUCAAGUACAGCCUUAUCAACUAACUGAAGUCCAUAGCCUAUUGUGCCAAGCUUGCUUAAUGUCUAAUAAUCUUAAACCUGCCCUGAGUAUUUUAGAUCAAGAUAUUUAUAUUUUAGGAACGGAAGAGCCAGGACAUUCAUUUGAUCCUAAAUACUUUUUAAGUUAUUACUAUCUUGGUGGUGUCAUCUACACAGCAAUGAAAAAUUUUCCUCGAGCAAUAACAUUUUAUGAAAUAGCUCUCACCACAUUACUUCCAAUAAUGUCGCAAAUUAUGAUUGAAUCCUAUAAAAAAUAUGUACUAGUUACCAUUGUGCAUUUAGGCACAGUACCUACACUUCCAAAACUGUCACCACCCUUGAUUGAACGUGUAUUAAAACCUGUAUGUCAAGCAUAUUUAGAUAUCAUACCAGCUUACCAAAGUGGAGAUUCAGCAGAACUUCAAAGAAUUAUUACUAAAUAUGAAGAUGUAUAUCAAAGAGAUAAAAAUAGAGGUUUAGUUAGGCAAGUAGUUAAAGCAUUACAUAGAAAAAAUAUUCUUCGGUUAACAAAGACAUUUUUAAACAUGUCAAUUGCUGAUUUGGCUGAAAGAGUAAACCUACCUAGUGCAGAGGAAGCUGAAGAGCAUCUUAUUACUAUGAUUGAAUCUGGAGAAAUAAAUGCAAAAAUCAACCAUAAAGAUGGAACAGUUAUGUUUAGUGAUGCUCCAAAAAAAUAUGAAGAUCCCAUUGUUUUAAAAAAAAUAUUAGAUGAAAUUACUAGUAAAAUAGCAUUUAGCAAUACAGUACGAACAAUGGAUGAAGCAAUAACGACUAAUCCUAUGUUUGUCAAGAAAACUAGUACUGAAGAAGACGGCCUAUCUAUUGGUGGACAGAGUUCAUUAAAAAGUUAUCAGUCUUAAGGAAAAUUUCAUAUAAACAGAGCCCCUUAUAAAUUUUUUAAUUAUAAAGUUAUGUGUUAAAUUCACAUUUAUCUAGCAACAUCUUAACACAUUAUUACUUUUUACAAACUUAGAUAUGUAAAUAUUUUAUAAUAAACAUUCAGUAAAAUUUCCAAUAAAAAUUGUCAUGGUACCAAUAAUUUUGUUUAAAUUGUAUAAAUAACAUUUUUAAAAUGCCAUUUUCAAGUGGAAAUUUGUUUAAAUAAAAUGUAUUUUUAUUAACUUAUUGAACUUUUAAAUGUUAUUACUUAAAUUAUUAAAAAAAGAAUUUGAAA